AUGGCAUCAUUUCAAUGCAAUUUCUUUGUUACUCUCCUCAAUAUGAUCGUAUUAAUCAUGUUAAGUAUCAAUGGCAUCCAUGCAUCGCGCCAUCUUCUCCAAACAACACCUCCUCAAAUAACAACCCCAAACAUGCCUAGUAUUCCUAAUUUACCCCAACAACCAAGUAUUCCAAAUUUACCUCAACAACCUACUUUGCCAAACAUGCCUCAACCCUCUAUGCAGGUACCUUCACUUCCAAGUAAUCCAACCGCUAUUCCUGGAUUGACUCUUCCUCCUAAUUUAGUUCAAGCAAUUACUUCAUUCUUGCAAAAUUUGCCUAAUACUCUUCAAAAUGCACCUAAUAACUAUCCCUUUAUCCCUUACAUUGCCCCUUCUCCAUCCAACUAA